GAUCACAAGAGUUUCUGUUCAGCUAUCUGACUGUCUCAAAGGAGACCAAGUGUGAGCCCUUAGCUUGUUAGCUAGCCAAUAAACAUGGAGACGAAGUCGGGAAAGAGUUUCCGCGUGAGCGACGGGGACUGGAUUUGUCCAGACAAAAAGUGUGGAAAUGUUAAUUUCGCUAGAAGAACAAGCUGCAACAGAUGUGGCAGAGAGAAAACGACUGAGGCAAAAAUGAUGAAAGCAGGAGGUACCGAGAUUGGGAAGACCCUUGCAGAGAAGAGCCGUGGCCUCUUUAGUGCAAAUGACUGGCAAUGUAAAACAUGCGGCAAUGUGAACUGGGCCAGGAGGUCAGAGUGCAACAUGUGCAACACUCCCAAAUAUGCCAAGCUUGAGGAGCGAACAGGCUAUGGUGGAGGGUUCAAUGAGAGGGAGAAUGUUGAAUACAUAGAACGUGAAGAAUCGGAUGGAGAAUAUGAUGAGUUUGGAAGGAAAAAGAAAAAAUAUCGUGGAAAGACCAACAGCAAGUCAAGCUCAAAAGAAGUUAAAGAAGAAAAAAAGGUUGAGUCUAAUAAAGAAGACAAUGAGGAAGAAGAGGAGGAAGAUGAUGAUGGAGACCUUUCAAAAUACAAAUUGGAUGAUGAUGAGGAUGAUGAGGAUGAGGACGAUGAUGAUGCCGACUUGUCCAAGUAUGACCUGGAUGCCAGUGAUGAGGAGGGGGAAGCGAAGCCAGUAGUGAAGAAGAGCAGCCGCUCUGGAUCGUCCCGAUCCUCAUCCCGCUCUUCCAGCUCCAGCUCUCGGUCCAGGUCCAGAUCCCAAUCUAGAAGCUCAUCCAGUUCCAGAUCUAGAUCUCGAUCAAGCAGGUCCCACUCCAGAUCCAGCUCUGGAAAGGGCUCUUCUCAAAAGCGGUCUCACUCAUCCUCAUCCUCACCAGAAGGAGGAAAGAAACGCAGUCGCUCAAGGUCCUCAUCUGGGGGGAGGAAAAAAAGGCGCUCUAGAUCAGGAUCAUCUGAAAGAAACCGUGGACAGUCACCUGGAUCCUCCCAUUCUGGCUCAAGUUCAAAAAAGAAAUAAGUAAAAAGCAGGUCCAUAAAACAAGGCACUUCAUUCUUGGUAUAAAUGCAUGUUGUGGUUUAAGAAAAAAAAACGUAAUUAUGCUGUUCACUCUACCAGAGUUUUGCAGUGCAUAACAAAUCUCCCCCACAAUGGUCCCCACUUAUUAAACUUGUUAUUGUUUGGAACUUCAGAGAAACUGUUAUAAGGUUACUUCCUUAAUUUUUAUCUACAUAAUGUAUACUAUCAAGGAAGUGCCACAUUUUAAUCUACUCAUUCAUUUGGGAAAUGCGAAUUACACAAACGUUUAUUUUUUUAUUUGUCAAGUAAGGAUGAUCUUAAGAUAUUGGUCUUACAAACAUGAUUUGGGGGGAUUCAAGAUACACCAUGUGUGAGUAUUAAUAUUAUAAUAUUCUUAACAGAUGUUUGUAUAUCCACCAUCUUAAUAUCUGUGGGGAAUUUACCUAUGAGCGGAAUAGUGUUCCGCUCAUAGGUCAAUUUGUUUUUCGUGUUGAAGGUAAGUAUUUAUCUUUACUUUGUAAUAUUUGUGUUUAUUCUGGUGGAAUCAAUGGUGGUUUUUGGACGUAGGUGGAAGAAUGAGUAAAAGAAAAAUAUUCAAAAUCACUUUUUGAAGUCAGUUAUUGCUGUAGUAAAUGUAAUAUCCAUGAGUUACAAUUUGUGGUUUAGUUUUACAGAAUAAUAAACAAAUUAAGUCAUUUUUGGAUUAGGUUAUGAUUAAGAAAACAUUUCUUAUUAAAAGUAUUGUUCCCUGUGAGAGAACGUCAAUCGUUAAGCUUCUCCUUUUGUAUACGCCAGUAGUUCAAAAAUGUGCAGUAAGGAUCAAAUAUUAGAUAAUGACAGCAUCAAUAAAAUGUGAUAAACUGAUUUUUGUUAAGUUAAAAGAAAUUAAAUUGUAAACAUGUAGUGAAUAAAGCGUUUUUUGUUGUA